GGCCGGGCCGCGCAUGCGGGGCGCGGGGCUUUGGUGCGCGGAGGCCCCGGAACCUGUAUACGCGGCGUGUGUCUGCAGCGGCCCUAGGGCAUGGGCGCGCGCAAUUCAGGUUCCGGGGCGCCUUUCUCCGUCCCCGCGCGCUGGCUCUUCGCCUCACAGGAAAGAUGGCGCACAGCGGUCGGUGGCGCUUCCCGGCGAGGCCCGGCAGCGGAGGCUCUGGGCGGCGAGGCCUCGGAGGCUGCCGGAUACGGGUCCCCGCCCUCCGCAGCCCCCGACCGGACCCCGCCGCCGGAGGAGGAGGACGAGGCGGAGGACGAGGCGGAGGAGGCCCCGCGGAGGGAGCGAAGGCGGCGGCGGGAAGCGGCGGAGGCGGGACGGGAGGGGCCUCCUCCUCCUCUUCAUCCUCGCCCUCCCCUCCUCCUCCUCCGGUGUCUCCGUUCCCGCCCCCUUCCUCGGCGGUGGCUCCGGGCUUCGACGCGGCGCUCCAGGUCUCGGCCGCCAUCGGCAUCAACCUGCGCCGGUUCCGGGCAGCAUGCGGGUCAGAGCCAGGCGGAGGAGGAGGAGAGGAUGAGCAGUUCCUAGGCUUUGGAUCAGAUGAUGAGGCCAAAGGACAGAGUCCCGCCAAGUCUCCCACAGCUAAGGCUGGUGCGCGCAAACCUCGUGGGAGACCCCGAAGCAACUUAGACCGAAAUUCCAUUGCGCUGCCAGAGUCCAUACCUGAAUAUUCACCUUCAAGCAAAUCAGAACCCAUGUUGAUGGAAAAAGUGAAGAAGAAAGAGUUGAAAGGCAGUGAAAAGCGGCGAGGGAGGCCUCCUGCCCUCAGCAACAUGAAGUUCAAGUUCACCCGCAAAGAGGGGCUUCCAGAGGCUCAAAAGGGAGACAAGGAGGAGAAAGAGAACCUGAAGAAAAUCAAGCGGGCACCCUCCACAGCGUUUCAGCACGCUGCAAAAAUUAAGAAACUUCGAGCAGGCAAACUCUCCCCAUUGAAGUCCCAGUUCAAACCCAGCAAACUGCAAAUCGGGAGGAAGGGGGUCCAGAUUGUGCGCAGGAGAGGAAGGCCACCGACUUCUGACAGAGCCUUGAAAGCUGCGCCAGCUCUUGUAGUGAGUUCUCAGCUGGAGAAAGCGCAGCGGGUGCGAAAAGAGAAAGAGGGGAUGUCUCCCCUCCCCAAAGAUGCCAAGGCCCCAGCAGUCAGGCAGAGCCCCCGGCGGCCUGUGAGAAUUAUUCCCUCCUCCAAGAGGACCGACACCACCAUUGCCAAACAGCUUUUGCAGCGGGCCAAGAAAGGGGCGCAGAAGAAGAUUGAGAAAGAGGCAGCCAAGCUGCAGGGGCGGAAGGGAAGGACUCAGCUGAAGAACAUCCGUCAGUUCAUCAUGCCGGUGGUGAGCGCCAUCUCCUCACGGAUCAUCAAAACCCCCAAGCGCUUCAUCGAAGAUGAGGACUAUGACCCGCCCAUCAAAAUAGCACGUUUGGAGUCCAACCCCAACAGCCGCUUCAGCGCCACCUCUUGUGAGUCCAGCGAGAAGUCCAGCGGUGCCUCACAGCACUCUUCCCAGAUGUCUUCAGACUCCUCACGCUCCAGCAGCCCCAGUGUCGACACAUCCUCUGAUUCCCAGGCCUCUGAAGAGGUGCAGGCCCUGUCGGAAGAGUGUGGCAACACCCCGGCGGCCCAGCCUCCAUUGCCCGUCUCCCUGUCCCCUGAGAAUGAGAGUGGAGAGAGGAGGAAGAGGAGGCGGAGGCGGAGGCGGAGGAAGAGGAGAGUGCUCUCCCUGGCAGAAGGGAACUUUGUGCCCAAGCCAGCCAAGAAGCUGACCGGCCUCCAGAGCAUGUCCCAGACCCAGCAUCUGCCACUGCCAGCUACCUCCUCUUCGUCCUCACCUCCCCCGCCCCUCCUCACCCCGCCCCCGCCCCUUCAGCCUGCAGCUGGCAUCUCAGACCAUGCCCCCUGGCUGAUGCCACCCACCAUUCCCUUGGCACCAGCCUUCUUGCCCCCUGCUGCUGCCUCCAGCAACCCUAUGCAGGAGAAGCGAAAGUCCAUUCUUCGAGAGCCCACAUUCCGCUGGACCUCCCUGAAGCACUCUCGGUCCGAGCCCCAGUACUUUUCCUCAGCAAAGUAUGCCAAAGAAGGUCUCAUCCGCAAGCCUGUAUUCGAUAACUUCCGGCCUCCGCCUUUGACCCCAGAGGACGUUGGCUUUGCCUCCGGCUUUUCUGGCUCUGGAGCCACAGCGUCGACCCGUUUGUUCUCCCCCCUUCACUCGGGAACGAGAUUUGAACUGCACAAAAGGAGUCCCCUGCUGCGCGCCCCCCGGUUCACCCCGAGUGAGGCCCACUCACGCAUCUUUGAGUCCGUGACCUUGCCUUCCUCUGUUGGGCGAAGCGCAGCUGGAGGCGCCAUGGGCUCUUCGAGGAAGCGGAAGCGGAGGGUGUUCAGCCCCAUUCGGACGGAACCCAGGUCUCCGUCACACUCCAUGAGGACAAGAAGUGGGCGGCUCAGCACCUCUGAGUUGUCCACUCACCCGCCUCCGUCCUCAGUCUCUUCCUCUUUGGCGAGCAUUUCCGUGGGUUCCCUCACCACCAGUGCCUUAAACUCCACGUUCACAUUUCCUUCCCAUUCCCUCUCCCAGCCUGGGGAGUCAGCUGAGAAGAAUCAGCGGUCACGGAGGCAGGAGGGCAUUCCAUCCGAGCCUUUCUCCUCUGGCAGCCCUGCUCCCCUCUUUCCCUGGUUCACCCCAAGUCCCCAGACAGAGAGGGGAAAGAACAAAGACAAAACUAUCAGUGACUCAUCCAAAGAUAAAGAGAGCGAGAAAGGUCUUGAGAAGGAGAGGAGCAGAGACAGAGAGAGAGAGAAAGAAAACAAACAGGAGUCCCGGAAAGAGAAAAAGAAGAAGGGAUCAGAAGUCCAAGGCAGCUCUGCUUUGUUCCCUCUGGCUUGCAUGGCCAAAGGAAAUUCCAUCGCCCAUGAAGAAGUGGCAGUCUCCUCUUCGACCAAGAAGCCUGUGGGACGGAAAAAGGUGUCACCGACAGCAGCCGAUUUGGUAGAGGAUGUGCCCACUGUGGUUCUGGUGGACUCAGCAGCCACCCUUUUCAAGAGCAAAGUACCCAAGAAGGGCCGUGGGGCACUGGAGAAAUCCAGCCUGGAACUUGGCUUGGCAGCUCCUUCGGUGGAAAAGGAAGAGUCCCCGCGUCUCCCUGCAACAUCUGUCGGCCUCAUGAAACAUGCCUCCAUCAGCUCGGUGUUGGCUCAUGCAGACAAAAUCCCAGUGACUGACAAGAGGGUAGCCAGUCUCCUAAAGAAAGCCAAAGCCCAGCUGUACAAGAUCGAGAAGAGCAAAUCCCUUAAGCAGGUGGAUCAGCCCAAAGGACAGGGUCAAGAAAGCGAUUCCUCUGAAACCUCUGUGCAAGGGCCACGCAUAAAGCAUGUCUGCAGAAGGGCAGCCGUCGCACUAGGCCGCAAGCGAGCUGUCUUUCCCGAUGACAUGCCCACUCUGAGUGCCUUGCCAUGGGAGGAACGGGAGAAGAUUUUGUCUUCCAUGGGGAAUGAUGACAAGUCCUCCAUUGCUGGUUCUGAAGAUGCUGAGCCCCUCGCGCCACCUAUCAAACCCAUUAAGCCUGUCACCAGGAACAAGGCCCCCCAGGAACCUCCGGUGAAGAAGGGCCGGCGAUCAAGGCGCUGCGGGCAGUGUCCGGGCUGCCAAGUCCCUGAGGAUUGUGGCAUCUGCACAAACUGUCUGGAUAAACCAAAGUUUGGUGGGCGUAACAUAAAGAAGCAAUGCUGCAAGAUGAGGAAGUGUCAGAAUCUGCAGUGGAUGCCCUCCAAAGCCUAUCUCCAGAAGCAAGCCAAAGCUGUCAAAAAGAAAGAGAAAAAAUCCAAGUCCAGCGAGAAGAAAGAGAGCCACGUGGGGAAGGGCCAGUCAGAGCCUGGGCAGAAAGCAGCAGCAGCACCAGCUCCUCAGCCCCAGCUGGCGAAAGAGAACCACGUCCCAAAGAGGGCCACAGAACCAGCCUGGAAGCCCAGCGAGGAGCAGAGCAAAGAGGGGCCGCCCCCGCCCCCUCCACCUGUGCCCUUUCCAGACUCCAAGCACACCCUCCCUCUCAUCACCCGGAAGUCUGGCAAGCAGGCGGUGCCCCCCACGCCAGUGCCCCCCAUCCCACCCCUGAGCUCAGGCCCACCGAAAAAGGAAACCUCCAAAACCAUCCCUGCAGAGCCCAAGAAAAAAGCAGCCCCAUUACCAGAUGUGGCUGUAGAGCAAAGCAAGCCGAAGAAAAUGGCUUCUCGACCAAGUUUACUGGUGAAACAGAAGCCAAAAGAAAAGGAGAAGCCCUCUCCAGUCACCAAGCCAGAGAGCAGCGCCUUCAAUGUGCUGAGCACUCUAUCGAACGGGAGCAUCUCCAGGCAAAAGCCCCUGACAGAUGGGGUCCACAGGAUUCGAGUGGACUUCAAGGAGGACUGUGAGGCUGAGAGUGUUUGGGAAAUGGGUGGGCUGAGUAUCCUGACUUCUGUCCCUAUCACACCCCGGGUGGUCUGCUUCUUGUGUGCCAGCAGUGGACAUGUGGAGUUUGUUUAUUGCCAGGUGUGCUGUGAACCUUUCCACAAGUUCUGUCUAGAGGAUAGUGAGCGCCCCUUCGAGGACCAGUUGGAGAACUGGUGCUGCCGUCGCUGCAAGUUCUGUCAUGUGUGUGGGAGGCAGCAUGAGGCCACCAAGCAAUUGCUGGAGUGUAACAAGUGCCGAAACAGCUAUCACCCGGAGUGCCUGGGACCAAACUACCCAACAAAGCCCACCAAGAAGAAGAAAGUUUGGAUCUGCACUAAAUGUGUCCGCUGCAAGAGCUGUGGGUCAACAACUCCAGGCAAAGGGUGGGAUGCCCAGUGGUCUCAUGACUUCUCCCUGUGCCACGAUUGUGCCAAACUCUUUGCUAAAGGGAAUUUCUGCCCCCUCUGCGACAAAUGCUAUGAUGAUGAUGACUAUGAGAGCAAGAUGAUGCAGUGUGGGAAAUGCGACCGCUGGGUCCAUUCCAAGUGUGAAAACCUCUCUGAUGAGAUGUAUGAGAUCCUUUCCAACCUGCCAGAGAGUGUGGCUUACACCUGCAUAAACUGCACAGAACAGCAUCCUGCAGAAUGGCGCCUGGCACUGGAGAAAGAGCUGCAGCUCUCUCUGAAGCAGGUUUUAGCUGCCCUGUUCAAUUCCAGGACUACCAGCCACUUGAUGCGCUACCGACAGGCAGCCAAACCCCCCGACUUAAAUCCUGAGACGGAGGAGAGCGUCCCAUCCCGCAGCUCUCCAGAAGGCCCAGAUCCGCCCGUGCUAACGGAGGUCAGCAAGCAGGAGGAGGAGCAGCCACUGGACCUAGAGAGCGUGAAAAGAAAAAUGGACCAAGGAAGCUACACUUCUGUGCUGGAGUUCAGCGACGAUGUCGUCAAGAUCAUUCAGGCAGCCAUCAAUGCUGACGGAGGGCAGCCAGAACUGAAAAAGGCCAACAGCAUGGUGAAGUCCUUCUUUAUUCGGCAAAUGGAGCGUGUUUUUCCAUGGUUCAGCGUGAAAAAAUCAAGAUUUUGGGAACCUAAUAAAGUUACACCCAACAGUGGGAUGCUUCCGAAUGCCGUCUUGCCCCCAUCACUUGACCAUAACUACGCGCAGUGGCAAGAACGCGAAGAAAACAGCUGUGCUCAGCAACCGCCUCUGAGAAAGAAAAUCAUUCCUGCUCCCAGAUCCAAAGGGCCCGGAGAGCCCGACUCCCCAACCCGGCUGUAUCCUCCUACACCGCCCAUCUCCAAUUCCGACAGAACCCAGGAGGACAACCCAGAACUUGUCCCCCCUCCAGAUGUGGAAGAUAACCGGCAGUGUGUGCUUUGCUUGAAGUAUGGUGAUGAUGGGGGAAACGAUGCAGGUCGCCUCCUCUACAUUGGCCAGAAUGAGUGGACCCACGUGAACUGUGCCCUGUGGUCAGCAGAAGUGUUUGAAGAUGAUGAUGGCUCGCUGAAGAACGUGCACAUGGCUGUGAUCCGAGGGAAGCAGCUGAGAUGCGAGCUUUGUCAGAGGCCUGGAGCCACUGUGGGAUGCUGCUUGACCUCCUGCACAAGCAACUAUCACUUCAUGUGCUCCCGGACCAAGAACUGUGUUUUCCUGGAGGACAAGAAAGUGUACUGCCAGCGUCACCUGGACCUGAUCAAAGGGGAGGUGGUACCAGAGAAUGGCUUUGAGGUACUGAGAAGAGUCUUUGUGGAUUUUGAAGGAAUUAGCUUAAGGAGAAGGUUUCUCAAUGGUCUGGAACCAGCAAAUAUCCACAUGAUGAUUGGGUCAAUGACAAUUGACUGCCUUGGGAUUCUGAAUGAUCUUUCUGACUGUGAGGACAAGCUCUUCCCCAUUGGUUACCAGUGUUCCCGGGUGUACUGGAGCACAACGGACGCUCGGAAACGCUGCGUCUACACAUGCAAAAUUAUGGAAUGCCGCCCACCCGCUCUGGAGCCAGAUAUCAACAGCACAGUUGAACACAAUGACAACAGGACGAUUGCUCACAGCUUGGGGCUGUUUCCAGCAGAUAUUCCAACCAGGGAAGGCCAGGUGUUGCCAUCUGUCCUGAGCCCUUCCUCUGCCGAUCUUCCUCUUCAUCCCCAGCACUUCAGGGCUCUGCGGAUCAGGACUCCAAGCUUUUCCCCUGCCCAGAGAUCUCCCGGUUCGCGCCCAUUGCCCUCUGCAGGAAGUCCCACUCCUGUGACACAUGAGAUUGUGACUGUAGGAGACCCACUGCUAUCAUCGGGACUUCGGAGCAUUGGUUCCAGGAGGCCGAGCGUCUCUCCUCUGUUUCCCCAGCAGCUGAGGUCCUGGGCGGUGCCUCCCAGCAGGGCUGGCACCUCUCACGCCACCAGGCACAGUAUCUCUUCAGGACCCAGCAUUGCUCCUGCCCUAGAGCAAGCUUCUUCAAACACCAAACCUUCGCUGGGCUCAGCAGCCUCAUGCUUUGCCAUCCAGAAUAGUUCUUCUCCUCCCAGUUUCCUGAAGCCAGCAUUAGGGAGUGGAGGUAAUGGCACUCCUUCCUCAGAGGGAAGCAUGUCUUCAGAGGCCGCACCAGCUGGAGAGCCCACCCCAGCCAAGAUGGCAGAGAAGGGCAAGGUGCUGAGCCCCGAGGACUUCAGCUCUUCCCCUGUGAAUUCAAAAGCGGACCCUCUGGGGCAGGGCUUGGCUGGCAUGGAGACAAACACCAGCAGAACAGGAAAGCUUCCUGAGCCCACACCAGAGCCCCUUUCUUCCAAAGAUCCAGUAGCUUUUCUGCCUGUACAUCAGAGACCUCCAAAGAAGGAGAAAGACCAGCAGGCGGAUCUCCUGCAGCCAGAAAAAACCUGCUCUUAUGAGGAUCCAGAAGCCAAGGUUUCUGGACCAAGUUUCCUGCCUCCUUCCAUCAGUGACCCAUUAUUGUCUUCUGUGGGCAAAGAGAGGCGGCAGAAAGUUAAGAGGGGAGCAAAGGAGAGACAUUCCAGCAAGCUUUUCCCAAGUUCCAGUCUCCUCCCAGCCGGUAACCAAGAAAGCACAGAGCCAGAAUUUGCUCACCACACCAUGACUCCUGAUCCAGUUCCUCAGAGGCUAUGCAACAGCAUUGCCACUGCUGCUGCUGCUACUGAGAAGGCUGGGGACAACAGCGGCCUUCUGGGCCAGAGAAUACCCAAAGCUCCUUUCCAGGGUGACACUGCCCCUUCCAAGGAGAUGCAGGCUUCCCAGAAGCGUACAGUGAAGGUAACGCUGACUCCCCUCAAGAUGGAAGGGGAGAGUCAAUCCAAGAGUGUCCAGAGAGAGAGCAACUCAGAAUCACAGACCAAGGAGAGUAACCCAGACCCUGUGACUCAGUCAGGGGACAGCUGUGUUCUUCCAGAAGGCCAGGGUACUUCUUCAGCCCCAGAGGCUCCAGGGAACAGCUACCCGAGCCUCCCUGUGCAGGAGGGCAGCCUAAUGCUCCAGGAUGAAGCCAAGGCACAGGAAGAGGGGGCCUAUAAGCGGCGGUACCCCCGGCGCAGCGCCCGGGCCAGAUCCAACAUGUUUUUUGGGCUGACUCCCUUGUAUGGGGUGAGGUCUUACGGUGAGGAAGACAUCCCCUUCUACAGCAACUCCACAGGGAAGAAGCGGGGGAAGAGGUCUGCAGAAGGGCAGGUGGAUGGAGCUGAUGACCUGAGCACGUCAGAUGAGGAUGACCUCUACUACUACAAUUUCACCCGGACAGUGGUCUCCACUACAGAGGAGCACCUGCCCCCUCAUAGCUUGUUCCGAGAAGAGGAACACAUCAGCCUGCCAAAAAUCUCUCAGCUGGAUGGCGUGGAUGAUGGGACAGAAAGUGAUACGAGCAUGACGGUGACCACAAGGAAAGGCAACCCAGUGACCAAAAGGAGCAGCAAAGAAAAUGGGACCGAGAGCUUGAAAGAGAGCGGGGAGAAGGUGCAAGUGACCAAGAGCUCAGCUGGGCAUAAAGCGGCCGAGUCAAAGAUAGAGAACUGCCGGGUCAAAGCUCAGAACCAGGAUUCUUUGGAAGCGCAGCUGAGCUCCUUGGAGGCUGCCGGCCGGCGUACACGGGCCUCCACAGAACCUCCUGAGAAGAACCUCCUGGACACCUUCAGCACGGAGCUGCUCAAGUCCGACUCAGACAACAACAACAGUGACGACUGUGGGAAUAUCCUCCCUUCCGACAUCAUGGACUUUGUGCUGAAAAACACUCCCUCGAUGCAGGCCCUGGGGGAGAGUCCUGAGUCUUCAUCCUCUGAGCUGCUGACACUGGGAGAAGGCCUGGGCCUUGACAGCAACCGGGGCAAGGACAUGGGCCUCUUUGAAGUCUUCUCUCAGCAGCUGCCAAACACUGAACCGGUGGACAGCAGCGUUUCGUCCUCAAUCUCUGCGGAGGAGCAGUUUGAAUUGCCCUUGGAGCUCCCAUCUGACCUCUCCGUCUUAACCACUCGGAGCCCCACAGUUCCUAGCCAGAAUCACAGCCGGCUUGCUGUCAUUUCUGAAUCCUCCCUCUCCUCCACUGGGGAGAGGUCCAUAUUAGCCUUACCUUCCACUGAGUCUGGUGAGAAGAGGGUGACAGUCACAGAAAAACCUGCUUCCAACGAAGGGGAGCCACCUCUCUUGAGCCCCCGAGUCGAGCCAGCCCCUGACGGACCCCUGACCCCAGACCCCUUCAUUCAAGGCCACAUGGAAUCAGAGCACAUAACUAGCCCCCCAUGUGGACCCUCCGAGCCGGGCCACGGAGCCAGCCAGGACCUGAGCAGGAACAGUGGGACACCCGGCCUCCAGGUCCCUGUUUCACCCACUCUCCCACAUCAGAAUUCCAAAUACGGGCCAAAUACUGCAGAAAACCCAGGUCCCUCUCAGAUCUCCAAUGCUGCUGUGCAGACAGCCCCUCUCCACCUCAAGGCAGCUGCCGAAAAGCUCCUGGUGGUUAACCAGAACAUGCAGCCCCUGUACGUCCUCCAGACACUUCCCAACGGUGUCACGCAGAAGAUCCAGCUGACUUCCUCCGUUGGCUCUGCCCAGGGGGUGAUGGAGGCUGGCUCGUCCAUGCUUGGGCCAAUGGCCACGGCAGAGCUCGCAUUGGCGGCAGGCUUAAGCCCCAGCUUGCCCUCCUCCCAGCCGCUCUUCCCACCCACCAGCAAAGGGCUGCUGCCCAUGCCUCACCAUCAGCACUUGCAUUCCUUCUCUGCUGGCCCCCAGGGCAGUUUCCCACCCACACUGGGCAGUCCUGCCUCCAGCCUUCUGAUCGGCGUCCAGCAGCCCCCUGAGCCCGAAGCCAGUCAGAGGGGGGAGAUGGGCUCCUCCGCCAGCACCUCACCAUCCAGCCUCAGCAAGAAACGGCCGAUUGCACGGCUGCAGUCUCGGAAGAACAAGAAGCUCGCCCCAUCUGACAUGGCCCCCAACAUGGCACUGAUCAACUUCACUCAGCCCCAGCUUCCCAGUCAUCCAGGCCUCCUGAACCUGGGAGGAUCUGUCAGUAACUCUGCAUCCCACAGGCCUGUCCCCAACAUCAUCAAGCGCUCAAAGGCUGGCGGGGUCAUGUACUUUGAGCAGUCGCCGCUCUUGCCCCAAGGGGCGGCAGUCGGAACACCUCCCAAUAUGGCUGGGCCAGAAACUGGGCACCUUGCCUCUGGGCCAGCAUCGGGUCUCCCCUCCCCUCCCUCUGCACUCAACAUUGUCUCUAUGCAGACCGUGUCCUCCCCCACCACGGCCAUGUCAGUCACCGGGCACGUGCUGGGGCAGGCCUCGGUUGCCCUGGCCAGGCCAGGGUUGCGUGGUGUCUCUGACAUGGGCCCACUCAGCAACCUUCUUCUCAAAGCCACCCAGCAGAGCCUGGGUCUUCCGGAGCAACACACUGCCCCACCGCCCUCUGGGUCAGGGAUAUUUUCACCGCUUGCUGAUUCCUCAACGGCUCAGGCUGCAACUCCUGCGGUGGCGGAGGCAUCAUCAUCUGGCAUGUGCAUCUUGUCUUCACAGACUCUGGGCAAGGCCACUGAUCCAGACAGCUCUUACCAGUCUGGAGGGCCUCUGAUCCAAAUCCUGGCCAGCAAAAAUGGGGCCAUUAUACCUCAGCCAGAAGCACCUCCACUCUCCCACUUCCCCCAGUUGGUAGAUAUUGCUAACCCAGCAGCUUUGGAGCAAAGCAAGACCUCCUCUUCCUCUUCUGCCAUGCAGACCAGCUUGGCUGCUUCUCCUGGGAGCUCCCUGUCCACUGAACCUGCAAAUUCCAUGAAAGCAAAACUCAAAGUCAAGCGGCUUGAGCCCUUAUUAGACAGCAGAGGGCCUGGAAAGAAGCACAAAAUGUCUCCCUUCUGGACCGGUUCCCCAGAGAAGGAAGCUCCCCAGCGAGGCACAAGGGUGUCAAGCCAGGAUAUGUGUGGAAGGCUUCCUGCUCUGAAAGUGCAGGCAGAGGAGGAGGCCACAAGCAUAGGUCCCCCACCCUCAAAAGCGGCUGGGCAACUUGCCUCUCUUCCUGAAGCUCAGCCAGUGCAGAGUGCUCCAAGUGAGCAAGAGUUUGCAGAUUCCAGAGCUCCUGAGGAUGAGGAGGGAACGUUCAGCUCCCCACUCAUGUUCUUGCUGCAGCAGGAGCAAAAGAGGAAAGAGAGCCUUGCAGAGAGAAAGCCCAAGAAGGGGCUAGUGUUUGAGAUCUCGAGUGAUGAUGGCUUCCAGAUUUGUGCAGAAAGUAUUGAAGAGGCCUGGAAAUCCUUGACUGACAAAGUCCAGGAGGCGCGGUCCAACGCCCGCCUGAAGCAGCUGUCCUUUGCAGGUGUGAGUGGGCUGCGGAUGCUGGGCAUCCUCCACGAUGCAGUUGUGUUCUUGAUCGAGCAGCUUUAUGGUGCAAAGCACUGCCACAACUACAAGUUCCGUUUCCACAAGCCAGAGGAGGCCAAGGAGCCCCCCGUCAACCCUCAUGGCUCCGCCAGGGCUGAAGUGUACCUCAGGAAGUCUGCCUUUGACAUGUUCAAUUUCCUGGCUUCCAAGCACCGCCAGCCACCCGAGUACCAUCCCAAUGACGAUGAGGAGGAGGAGGUGCAGCUGAAGUCUGCCCGGAGGGCCACCAGCAUGGACCUUCCCAUGCCCAUGCGGUUCAGACACUUGAAGAAGACCUCCAAGGAGGCUGUGGGUGUUUACAGGUCUCCCAUCCAUGGCCGAGGCCUCUUCUGCAAAAGGAACAUCGAUGCGGGCGAGAUGGUGAUCGAAUAUGCUGGCAACGUCAUUCGCUCCAUUCUUACUGACAAGCGUGAGAAAUACUACGACAGCAAGGACAUUGGCUGCUACAUGUUCCGCAUCGACGACUCAGAGGUGGUGGACGCCACCAUGCAUGGGAAUGCAGCCCGCUUCAUCAACCACUCCUGUGAGCCCAACUGCUACUCCCGGGUCAUCAACAUUGACGGGCAGAAGCACAUUGUCAUCUUCGCCAUGCGCAAGAUCUACUGUGGGGAGGAGCUGACCUACGACUACAAGUUCCCCAUUGAAGAUGCCAGCAACAAGCUGCCCUGCAACUGUGGCGCCAAGAAGUGCCGCCGGUUCCUCAACUGAGCAGCCUGGCUGGAGGAUGGUUGGGCUCCAGGGAGGAGUGCUCAGGUCUGGAGUCUCGAUUAAGUGCAGGGCCCCACCUAGAAGGGGAGUUGGAAGUCCCCUGUGAUGAGGCAAACUGGCCUCCAGGGCCACAGAAACUUCCAGUUUCCUCCCCCCCCCCCGGGCUCCUCACUGGGAACAGGGAGGUCUCUAUGGCUAGCUUUGGCUGGGCCUCAGUGGCAGCUACCUGGACUUGAGGGUCCCCUCUGUGUCGGGAGAGGAGCGUCAGAGGUCAAGGAGGCCCUCAGGCUAGCCAGAGACCCCCCCUCCUGCCUUCCGGAGGCAGCCCCCUUGGAAGCAGAAUGGGAAACCAGUGCUGAGCGGGGGUCCCCUUUGGGCGCAGCACAUACAGCAGCAGAUGGUGGCACCCUGCCUCCUGGCUGCUUCCCAAAAUAGGAAAAGUGAUGCCCUCAGAGAGCGCCUGGUGUGCAAGCCUUGCCUGUGAUUUGCAAAGGAUUUGGGGGGGGGGGGGGGGGGGAUAAGGAAGCAGCCCUCCCCAGGGAGAACCUGCCCCCCCCUUCCCAAGCAUCACAGUUUCCUUUCCGCCUGUUUGAGGUGCACCCUCUCAAAUUUUGUCAUUGGAUUUACUUGCUUCAGUUUACAGUUUUGGUAUUUAAGGUUUUGUAAAUGUAAAUAUAUUUUGUAUAUUUUUCUAUGAGAAGCAGCACUUCAUAGGGAAGAGCACUUAGCAAGACUAUUUUUUCAAUUGUGUCAUCCUGAUUUUUAAAAAAUCUGUUGCUCCAAACCUUUUUCUUUGAACAGGACAGGCUUUGGGAGAUGGCUGGCCAGGGCUGGAUUUGGACCCUCUUCCCCCGAAGGGGGAGCGGAAGGAACCUUUCAGAGACUCCCUGUUUUCUGAAAGCUGGUCCUUCACACAUUCAGGGGAGCGUCUUCGGGGCUGAGCUGGUGCUUGCUGGUCCUUCUCUCCUCCAACGCUCCCUCUGGCUGUGAGGGCAGCGCAUGCAUUGAGGCAGGAUCCCUUCCUCCUGUUUCACCCUCUUCCAAUGCCAGGGGAGUCUGUGGCACACUUCCAACCAGGUUUUGCCUGCAUAGCUGACCACUCUGGCCUGCCUUUUACAGCCACUAGAGGAUCUCCUGACUUUGGCUUGGAGCAAAGCGGCCUGUGGACAUCCAGGGCCAAUAGGCUCCAUUAGCCUGCCUGGGAUGCCUAUUGCAUGCUGCAGCAAUAGCUUGCUUCCAGGGCAGAAGAGGCCCUUGGCCUCAUCUGUAGCCCAACCACCACUGGCCCAAGGCAGACAGACCAGCCUUCCUCCUUCUGGCCCCAGCUUGGUUUUCCAGCCUGAACAAUUCAUACUUUGCAUUUGUUGCUCCUUGAGAAGGGAGGAAUCCAAGCAGUUGGAUGGUUGGGUAAGAGAGUCACUCUCUGCCCUUUCUCUUCCAUCAUAUCCUUUGAAGGGGACCAUGGCACAUUCCUCUGCUACUACCAAAGCCCCUAGCCAGCAGAGCAGAGAGCCCUAUGUGACUGCCCUCUGACACAAGUGCUCCCCCUGGGAAGGGCACUGGACAUGUGGGUGACUCCUGCCGCCAACUUAGUUGUGGCUGUCCUGAGCAGCUGCUUCUCCGACUGGCCUUCCAGUCUGUAGUCCAAGGGACAUUGCACCUCUUCCUCCUGCAGCCGCCACCUCACUGGGCAGCUCCUGGCGGAGGCUGCUGACCAAGUGGGACGGGGUCCCUGCCACCCCCCUUGGCUGCAGUUUCAAGCAGCAGGGCAACGGGAGGCAGCAUGGUGCCGCUUCCUGCCAAUAUGAAUGUAUGUUUCUCAGAACUGACCGUGAUCAUGAUGAUUCCUGGAGAUUCAAAAAGUCAACCCAUUAAGGUGUUUAUUUUUCUAAAGGAAAAGCGGGUCACUGCAAAGGGCUGGGCUGAAAUCUUCUCGUUCGUCUUUGUUUCCCCCCGUUGCGAAGCAAUACCGGGUUUCUCUGCCGCUGGCGCUCUCUUGUGCGGAAUCAUGUUGCCCACCUCCAGGCUGCUGGGUUCUCAGCUCCCUCUUCCCACCCAUCUGCAAGUUUUUGUAACUAUAAAUAAUGGUAUAUAUAGAAACUAAUACUCAUACUGCACCGUGUCUUGAAGCCUGGCUUUGAAUUCUCUUAACACUAGAUAACAGUUGUGUUCAAGUUGCUCCAAAGGCAGGAAAACCAUCAAGCCAAGGGCUUCAGGGUUGCCAGCCACGUCCGGCUGCAUGUGCAGCCCCAGGACUUGGGGGUGGAGGGUCCAGCUGGGCUUUGGAGGUUUCCUGGCCUUUCCAUAUAAACAGUUGAUCUUUGUCCAAUGACUCGUUUCCUUGUUGCCGCUGCCGUUUCUGCCUCUUCCUCUUGGGUUCAGUUGAUGGUAUAAAACAACCGUGCUGUGUCCCCUGCAGCUUUGCCCCACUGCCGCUGCCAAGAUCUGCGCUUGUGGUGUCCUUUUGAUUCCGUCUUUAAUAGCGACAGGUAGUGAAUUAUUGUCGUCUCAAGCCGUGCAAAUGCUACACAUACAGGGUUCUGUUCCAGACAAAUACAACUUAUCAUGUACAAGCGAUUUUCUUUUCUCCUUUCUUGACUUGUGUUCUUCCAAAUUGUUUGGAUUUCUGUUUUGGGGUUUGGUUAUUUUUAAAGAGGAAAUGCAUCUUGUGCUGCAUCAGUGUUAAUUCCCUGUCCUUGUCACAGGGAUGAAGGAAGUACUUUCAAUAGUUCAAGGAAUGACUGAAAGACUGAAUGUAAAAAUAAGUGUAUAUAGUUGUACAAAAAAAGGAGUUUUUAAACAUGUUUAUUUUCUAUGCACUUUUUUAUUUAAGUGAUAGUUUAAUUAAUAAACAUGUCAAGUUUAUUGCUUCAGA